UUGGUCAACGGACUCGGCCCGACUAUCCAAUCAACAGCGUCUGCGUCAUCCAUGACUGACGGUCGCUGACGCGCGGCGUCUGGAGGCGGCGGCCAAGGCUCCCGAGCGCGCGGGCUGGGCGGUCGAGCAGGAGCCGGCGUCUCUGGAGAAAGGUUUGUUCCAAGAUGAAGAUUCAUGCAGUGAUUGUAGCUACCAUGAUAAACCAGGUUCUAGUUUACAAACUUUUAUGCCAGAAGGAAAAACCCUUUUCCCAGAAAUUUUCCAAACAAAUCAACUUUUGUUCUAUGAGCCAUUCAGAGCCUAUCAAGAUUACAUUUUAGCUGACUGCAAGGCCUCUGAGGUAAAUGAAUUCACAGCUGAUUUUUUGGAGACGGUCCUUGAGACAUGUGGGUGGCGGGCAGUCCGGCAUACUAAUGUGUUCAAGGUGCUGGUUGAGGCCUUCUGCGACUUUCCUGCUCUUCAGAUGGCCACUUUCUUCUCAUCCUCCUCAGCCUGGCUCACAGCUGACUUCCCUGGCCAUCUCAGCAGAACCAGAUCCUCACCCCUGCUAGUUACUCUCUGUCACCCACUCGUUACCAUUGUGCUUACUGAUCUCCCUGAUUACAGUGUAAGCUCCAUGAGGGUCACAGAUGUGGACUUUGCAGCCUUGAAAGCAGUGGUGAGGCUUGCCGAACCAUACUUCUGUGACUCUCAAGUGAGCACUUUUACCAUGGAGUGUAUGAAGGAACUCCUGGAUCUGAAAGAACAUAAGUUGCCCCUGCAGGAGCUAUGGGUGGUAUUUGAUGAUUUGGGAGUGUUUGACCAGACAGCCCUUGCAAUUGAGCAUGUCAGGAUAUGGUCUACCAGAUGACAUUGUGAUAGAAAAAAGUGGACUAUCAUAGGUGGACUUUUGUGGACUGCAUAGGUGCUGAUAUUAAAAUCUCAGGCAUAAAAUUUGUUCAGCACAAUGCUGUAGAGGGAAUGUUAAGUAUCUGAAUGUUUAAUGUAUUGUUUCUUCUAAGCUUUGAAGGAAAACUGUACUCUCUAUGGAAGAUAGAAUUUAAUGAAAAGCCACUCGAGUAUAGACAUACCUUGGUUUGUUGCACUUCACAGAUACUGAGUUUUAUAAAAAUUGAAGUUUGUGACAACCCUGUUUCCAGCCAGUCUGUUGGGACCAUUUUCCUGAUAGCAUCUGCUCAUCUUAUGUCUCUGUGUCACAAAUUAUAGAUGAUAUGCUGAUCUGUGCCCGAUGAUCUUUGAUGUUACUAUUGUAAUUGUUUUGGGGUGCCAUGAACUACAUCCAUAUAAGAUGGUGAAUUUAACUGAUAAUUGUGUGGGUUCUGACUGUUCCACCAAUCAGCCAUUCCCCUCUCUCUCUCCUUCUGUUUGGACCACUCUAUUCCUUGAGACACAACAAUAUUGAAAUUAGACCAGCUAAUAAGACUGCAGUGACAUCUAUGUGUUCACAUGAAAGGAAGAGUCACCUGUCUCUCACAUUAAAUUAAAAAACUAGAAAUGUUUGACUUAGUGAGGAAGGCACGUUGAAAACUGAGAUAGGCUGAAACCUAGGUCUCUUGUGUCAGUUGGCCAAGUUAAGAAUGUGAAUGAAAAGUUCAUAGAGGAAAUUGAAAGCACUACUCUAGUGAACAUACGAAUGAUAAGAAAGUGAAACAGCCUUAUUGCUGAUAUGGAGAAAGUUUCCGUAGUCUGGAUAGAAGAUCAAAUCAGUUACCACAUUCCUUAAAUCAAAGCCUAUUCCAGAGCAGAACCCUAACUUCUUCAAUUCUGUGAAGGCUGAGAGAGGUGAGGAAGCUGUAGAGGAAGAGUUUGAUGCUAGUAGAGGUUGGUUCACGAGGUUUAAGGAAGAAGCCAUCUCUAUAACAUAAAAGCACAAGGUGAAGCAUCAAGUGCUGAUGAAGAAGCUACAGCAAGUUACAGAAGACCUAGCUAAGGUAAUUGAUGAAGGUGGAUACACUAAACAACACAUUUUCAAUGUAGAUGAAAUAACCUUCUAUUGGAAGAAGAUGCCAUCUAGUACCUUUCAUAGCUAGAGAGAAGUCAGUGCCUGGCUUCGCAACUUCAAAGGACAGACUGAGUCUCUUGUUAGGAGUGAAUGUAACUGGUGACUUUAAGUUGAAGCCAGCACUCAUUUACCAUUUGGAAAAUCCUAGAGACCUUAAGAAUUAUGCCAGAUCUACUCUGCCUGUGCCUUAGAAAUGGAACAACAAAGCCUGAGUGGUAGUACAUCUGUUUAUAAUAUGGUUUACUGAAUAUUUUAGGCCCAUUAUUGAGACUUACUACUGAAAACAAAAAGAUUCCUUUAAAAAUGUGAUUGCUUAUUGACUAUACCUGGCCAUCUGGAGAUUAAUGUUUUUUUCAUGCCUGCUAAUAACAUCUAUUCUGCAGCCCAUGGAUCAAGGAGUAAUUUCGACUUUCAAACCUUACUACAUAAGAAAUAUACUUCAUAAGGCUAUAGCAGUUAUUGAUAGUAAUUCCUCUGAUGGGUCUGGGCAAAGUUAAUUGAAAACUCUUUGGGAGGGAUUCAUCAUUCUAGAUGUCAUUAAGAACGUUUAUGAUUCAUGAUUCAUGGGAGGAGGUCAAAAUAUCAACAUUAACAGGAGUUCUGGAGAAGUUGAUUCCAGCCCUCAUGGAUGAUCGAGGGGUUCAAGACUUGAAUGGAGGAAGUAAUUGCAGAUGUGGUGGAAAUAGCAAGAGUCUGAUGAUAGCAAGUAGAGCCUCAAGGCGUGACUGAAUUGCUACGAUCUUACAAAAAUUGGAACAGAUGAGGAGUUGCUUCUUAUGGAUGAAUGAAGAAGGUGGUUUCUUGAGAUGGAAUUUCCUGGGGAGGAUGCUGUGAACAUGGUGGAAUGACAACAAAGGAUUUAGAAUAUUAUGUAAACUUGGUAAAGCAGAGACAGACUUUGACGGGAUUGACUCCAAUUUUGAACGACUUUCCUACUGUGGGUAAAGUGCUUUCAAACAAGAUCACAUGCUACAAAGAAGUCUUUUCAUGAAAGGAAGAGUCAAUGUGGCAAACUUCAUUGUUGUCUUACUUUUAAAACUUGUCACAGCCACCUUAACCUUCAGCAAACACCAUUCUGAUCAGUCAGCAGCCAUCAACGUUGUGACAAGACCCUCCACCAGCAAAAAAAAUGAUGUCUUACUGAAGGCUUAAAGGAGUGUUAGCAUAUUUUAGCAAAAUAAAGCAUUUUAAAUUAAGAUAUGCACAUUUUAAAAAAACAUAAUGCUUUUUGUACACUUAAUAGACACAUUAGAAACAUAUUGCUCAUUAGUAUAAAUGCACAUGCUCAUCAGUGUAAACAGAGUCUGGUCUAUUGCCCAGGUUGGAGUAUAGUGGUGCCAUCUCAGCUCACUGCAACCUCUGCCUCCCUGGUUCAAGUGAUUCUCCUGCCUCAGCCUCCCUACUAGCUGGGACCAUAGUCUCCUGCCAUCACACAUGGCUAAUUUUUGUAUUUUUAGUAGAGACAGGGUUUUACCACAUUGGCAAGGUUGGUCUCGAACUUCUGAUCUUGGGUGAUCUGCCCACCUUGGCUUCCCAGAGUGCUGGGAUUACAGGUGUGAGCCACCAUGCAUGACCUAAAAAUUUAUUUUUUUAUGUACAGUGUGACGCCUUAGCAAACUUAACCCAGAAGUGAAAACCUAUUCAUAAUAAUUUGUUAAUGUUAGUUUCUUUUCUGUGCAGUGAUUUUUUUUCUUUGAAAACUUUCCAGUGUUGUAGUCUGUGUUCUCUGUAUUCAGGGUAGCACUAGAUUGGCAGUAGUGUUUGUUUACUGGAAUCUUUGUAUACCCUUUCUUGAUUCAAGGUCUUUUUCUUCUGAGAUACUCAGCAAAAUUGCUCUCUGAUACUUUUUUUUUCUAGUAAUGAAAAAUGCUUUUGUAUCUGAGGUCAAGUCAUUCUUUUUAAAGAACGUUGCUUUUAGAUUGUAGAAAAUAAUUCAAAAUAGUCAUCGUUUCUUAUUUUAUAAAUUUGUAAUUUAGGUAAGAAAAUUUAAAUGGUAGCUUUUGAGAAAUAUUUAGUCCACAUCUAAUGUCAGCACCAGGCUAUCUCUAAUACUGAAAAGACACAUUACUUCUUAAAGCAGUCAGUGUGUGUUUUCAUCACAGUCAUUCACCAUGGUAAGACUACUCUGAAAAACCGUGUGCUGCAGUAUGAGACAAUGGAGUCACAGUGCGGACAUCGGCAGAGUUUCUGAUGAAGAACUCGGAUUUAUAUGGUGCCAAGGUAGAAACACUUGUCCUCUUAGGGAAGUAGUUUGGGUUUAAGUUGCAGAUGAAUAUAUGAAAUAUGGGACCAAGAUAUAUGUGCAUAUUCCUACUCUCCAGUCAUCUCUACCAAGUCAGUCAAACUCAACUGUGCAAGGGUCUUCUCAUGUAACAUUUUCAAAUCAUAGGAAGAAAAGUAAUAAAUCUCACAGUUGCUUUAUUUAGCUUUAAGAGAGGGUUAGACCAUUAAAAUUAUAACUUUGUAGAUUCACACAGUAUGUAAGAAAUAGCAGGGAGAGGUCCUGCAUGAUGCCCUUCACCAGUGUCCCCUAACAGUAACAUCUUGUGAAACUGUCCUGCAACAUCACAACCAGAAUGCUGACAUCAGUCCAGUCAACUGGAAGAAUAUUCCCAUCACCAAAGGAACGCUUCAUGCUGCCAAACUCACCUGCCUCUCUCCCACCGACCUCUUCCUUAACUGCAGGCACACCUUAAGCUGUUUUUCUUUUCUUUUCUUUUUUUUUUUUUUUUGAGACAAAGUCUUGCUCUUUUGGAGUGCAGUGGCACGAUCUUGGAUCACUGCAACCUCUGUCUCCUGGAUUCAAGCAAUUCCCCUGUCUCAGCCUCCUUAGUAGCUGGGACUACAGGCACACGCCACCAUGCCUGGCCAAAUUUUUGUAUUUAGUAGAGAUGGGGUUUCACCAUGGCCAGGAUGGUCUUGAUCUCCUGACCUCAUGAUCUGCCUGCCUUGGCCUCCCAAAGUGCUGGGAUUACAGAUGUGAGCCACUGCGCCUGGCACUGUUUUUUGUUUUUAUUUCAUCAUUUCAGAAGUGUAAAAAUGGCAUCACACAGUAUGUGACUCUUUGGGACUGGCUUUUCUCACUUAGUGUGGUUCUCUGGAGCUUCACUUAGGUCGUUGUAGGUACCAGUAGCUUGCUGCUUUUUACUGUUGAGGCAUAGUCCAAUGUGUGGACUAUUCCUCAGUUUGUUUAGUCACUUAUAGAAGGAUGUCUAGAUUGUUUCCAGUUUUUGCCUAUUGUCAAUAAAGCUGCUAUAAACAUUUGGGUAUAGGUUUUUGUGCAAACACAGUUUUUAUUUAAAAAAAAUUUUUUUAACAUUUUUUUAUUUAUUUUUUUGAGAUGGAGUCCCGCUCUGUUGCCCAGGCUGGAGUGCAGAGGUGCGAUCUGGGCUCACUGCAACCUCCACCUCCCAGGUUCUUGCAGUUUUCCUACCUCAGCCUCCCAAGUAGCUGGGACUACAGGCACUCGCUGCCACACCUGGCUAAUUUUCUGUUUUUUGUAUUUUAGUAAAGAUGGGGUUUCACUGUGUUGCCCAGGCUGGUCUUGAACUCCCGAGCUCAGACAAGCCGCCUGCCUCCACCUCCCAAUGGGCUGGGAUUACAGGCACGAGCCACUGCACCCAGCUGACAGUUUUAAUUUUUUAAAUUAAUUAAUUAAUUUGUUUUUUCUUUCUAGAUUACUCAGUCUUGGAUAUGUCAGUUUUUAUUUUUUAAGGAGUACAUGCCCAGGGAUGCAGCUGUAGGUCAUAUAGUAGUUGCAUGUUUAGUUUUUUUUAAAGAAACUGCUAAAAUGUUUUCCAGAGUAGUUGUACAAUUUACAUUCCCACUAGCAAUGUUUGAGUGGUUCAGUUUCUCUAUAUCUUCAAGAGCAUUUGAUCUUUUGACUAUUUUUUGUUGUAGCCAUUCUGAUAAGUGUGUAGUAAUAUCUCAUUGUUGUUUUGUCAUUUCCUCAGUUUUUAAUGUCAAGGAUUUUCUCAUAUGCUUAUUUAGUGAAAUAUUAAUGACCUUGCCCCAUUUUCUGAUUGGAUUGUUUGUUCUUCUUUACUGUAGAGGUUUGAGAGUUCUCUAUAUAUUUUAGAUACUAGUCUGUUGUCCGGUAUGUGGUUUGCAGGUAUUUUUUGCAAUUCUGUGACUUGUCUUUUCACCUUCUUCAUAUGGGUUUUUAUGGAGCAGAGUAUUUUAUUUUGAUGAAGUCCAGUAUAUCAGUUUUUCCUUUUAUGAGUUGAGCUUUUGCUGAUAAGAUCUCUUUGCUUAGCCAUAGAUCCUGAUUUUAUCCUAAUUUUUUUCUAAAAUUUUUAUAGCUUUAUAUUUUACAUAAGGUUGUGAUCCAUUUUCUAGUUAAUUUCGGCAUAAGGUGUGAGGUUUUUAGGUCAUAGUUUAUUUCUUUUCCUAUUUUGUUUCACUCAUUGGUGUACUAUCCCUCCACCAAUACCUGUAACUAUACAUUAAGUCUUAAAAUCAGGUAGAGUGAUUUGUCCUACUUUGUUUUUUCCAGAAUUCUUUUGGCCACUAGUUCUUUCGCUUUUCAAUUCAAAUGUUAGAAUAAUUUUGUCUAUAUCCACAAAAGAUCAUGCUGAGAUUUUGAUAGGAAUUUUAAUAAACCCAUAUGUCAAUUGGAGGAUUGACACCUUCCGGUUUUUUAACACAACGUAUUUCUCCAUUUAUUUAAAAUCUCUGAUGUCUUUUUUUUUUUUUUUUGAGAUAGAAUCUUGUUCUGUCACCCAGGCUGGAGUGCAGUGGCAUGAACAUGGCUCAUGGCAUAGCUUCAGUCUCCUGGACUCAAGCCAUCUUCUCACCUCAGCCUCUCAAGUAGCUGGGACCACAGGUGCAUGCCACUACACUAAGCUAAUUUUUUUUUAGCUUUAUUUAUUGUAGAGAUGGGGUCUUGCCAUGUCGCCCAGGCUGUUCUCCAACUCAAAAUCCUCCUGCUUCAGACUCCCAGAGUGCUGGCAUUGUAAGCAUGAGGCACCGCACCCAGCCACAUCUUUGUUUUCUUUCAUCAGCAUUGUGUAGUCUUCAGCAUACAAAUGCUGUAUGUGUUUUGUUAGAUUUGUACCUAAUUAUUUCACUUUUUUGAGUGAUUGUAAGCAAUAUAUAUAUAUAUAUAUUGAGAUGGAGUCUUGCUCUGUUGCUCAGGCUGGAGUGCAAUGGUGUGGUCUCCACUCACUGCAACCUCUGCCUCCUGGGUUCAAGUGAUUCUCCUGCCUCCGGGGUACCUGGGAUUAUAGGCAUGCACCACCACGCCCAGCUAAUUUUUGUGUUUUUGGUAGAGACAGGGUUUUAUCAUGUUGGCCAGACCUGAUCUUCUGGUCUGACCGCCUUGGCCUCCCAAAGUGCUGAGAUUACAGGCCUGAGCCACCACACCUGGCUGUAAGUGAGAUUUUUAAUUUCAGUGUCCCUGGUAUAUAGAAAUAUAGUUGAUUUUUAUAUGUUUAUCCUAUAUCCUAUGACUUUGUUGAACUGUACUUAGAGGAAUGUUUUUGUAGCUUCCUCGGAAUUUUCUAUGUAUAGACAGUAAUGUCACCUGCAAAUAAGGGGAGGUUUUUUUUUUCCUAAUCUUUAUGCCCUUUUUUCCCCUUUGCCUUAUUGCACUGGCUAGAAUUUCCAGCACGAUGAAAGCAGACUUUCUUACCUUAUUUUUGAUAUUAGAGAGAAUAUAUUUAGUAUUCCAUCAAAAAGAAUAAGGUUAACCAGGUUUUUAGAUAUUCUUUAUCAAGUUGAAGAAUUUCCGCUCUAUUUCUUUUUUUUGAGAAUUUUUAUUAUAAGUGGAUGCUGACUUCUUUUUUUUCUGAGUUUCUUUCUCAGGAAUAUACUGACUUCUAAUGUUUUUUUCUGGAUAGACUGAUAUGAUCACAUGAUUUUUCUUACUGGAAAAAAGAAAAUGGUGAGUUAUGUUGGUUGAUUUUCAAGUUUUGAGCCAGCCUUGCCUCUGUGGCAUAAACUUCACUUGGUCAUGGUAUAGAAUUCUUUUUAUAUAUUGCUGAAUUAUAUAUGCUAAUCUUUUGGGAGGAAAUUUUGCAUCUAUAUUCAUGAAUAUUGGUCUCUAGUUUUGGUUUUCUGUACUGCUGUUUUCAUCUGGUUUUAUUAUCGAUAAUAAUAACUUCAUAAAAUGAAUACUGAAGUGUUCCCUUCUCUUCUAUUUUGUAGAAGAGAUUGUGUAGAAUUGCUGUUUGUUCUUUAGAUGUUUGAUGGAUUUUGCCAAUGAAAUCAUCUGGGCCUGGAGAUUUUUCAAAUUAUGAAUUCAAUUUCUUUAAUAGUUAAAAGGGUAUUCAAAUGAACUAUUUCAUAUUAAGUACAUUUUGGUAGUUUGUGCUUUUUGUGGUAUUGGACUACUAAGUUGUCACAUUUAUAUGUAUAGAAUUGUUUGUAGUACUUCCUUAUUCUUCUGAUAUCUGCAGGGUCUAUAGUAAUGAUUCCUGUUUUAUGUUGGUAGUUUGUGUCUUCUCUCUUUAAAGAACCAACUCUUUCAUUGUUCUGUGUUUUUUUCUUAUUGUAAUUGUUUUCAAUUUCCUUUAUUUUAGUUGUUUUUUUUUAAUUUAUUUUUCAUUUUUAUGUUCUUUUUAUGGUUUCAUUCCUUCUGCUUGUUUUGGGUUUUCCACCUGAGAUAUUAAUUAGAUUAUUGAGACUUUUUUCUCAUGCAUUCCUCUUGGCUCACUUCUGCCUGGAGACCUCAUUUCUGUGGACGAGCCCCUGCCAGUGUGUUUGUGUUCCUCAGAAAGAUCUAGAAAUGCCUGGUUUCCUCAGCCUGGUGUGGAGACAGGUGAGGUGCAAUUCCCAUCCAGUCUGCCACUGCCAUCUCAAGUCCUUAGGGUGCUGGGCCUCAGUUCCUUAACCUGUCUGCCUGCAUUGUGAGGUUCUAAUAGGAUCAUAAGCAUUAGAGCAAUCUGAAAAUUACAAAACUCUAAAAGCAACUAAGAGCCAGGAGAACACUAGAAUAAGCAACUAUAUUUCAGCCGAUGCUAUUGAAAUGUUUAGGAACAGCUGGGCAUGGUGGCUCACACCUGUAAUCCCAGCACUUUGGGAGUCCAAGGUGGGUCACGUGAGGUUAGGAGUUUGAGACCAGACUGGCCAACAUGGUGAAACACAAAAAUUAGCUGGGCAUAGUAGCACAGGCCUGUAAUCCCAUUGGAAGCUGAGGCAAGAGAAUUGCUUGAACCUGGGAGGUGGAGGUCGCAGUGAGCCAAGAUUGUGCCACUGUACUCGAGUCUGGGCAACAGAGUAUGACUCCAUCUCAAAAAAAGUUUAGUGAUGAAAGUUUGUUUUAUUCCUUUAAGUAUUGCUAUUACAGUGAAUGGUUUGUUUCUUACCUGACUUGAGCUGGGUAAUUUGGGAGAGUAGUGGUGGAUGUAACCCUGAGAAAGCCCCCUCCCCUCUGGCACUGCCUGUGAGUGCAGGGCAUCUGCAGGACUCUGGGCUCACUCAGUAAGCCCAUCUGGCUCUCAACUCACUCAGCCUCUAUCAGUGAUUGAGCUGACACUUCAUCUCCAGGUGCACUGUUUUAUACUUAGUUUAUUUCAGAACUCAGAUGAGGAAGAUGGAGGCUAUUAGGCCCCUAGAAAAUUCUACCAUUUAGGGCACUGGUCAGGAGUAUGGAGAGAUAACACAGAGAAUGGAUGAUGCAGACCAAAGGGACCUACCUGGUACGUGGACCUCGGGAUGCUGGCAUUUUUUUCUCCCUUUAUCCCUCCCUUAUUUCUAAACAUUUUGUUGAAGUAUAACAUAGGGCAGAAAAGUUCACAUGUACGUGGCCAGCUUACUGAAUCUUCACAGAACAGUCACCAACACCAAGACCUAAAACUGCACCAGCCCCCAGAGCCCUUCCAAUUCCUUCCUAGUCACUAUGCCUCCCAUGGAAUGCACAUUCCUUAGACUUGUGGCUUCACACAUUUGACAUGGGUAGGGCUGUAGCUUGGUGUCCUGUGAUUGUACUAGGCCAAGUGGGCUGUUUUGAGUUGUGUAAUUGGCUUCCAGCUUUUGGACUUGGGCUAGAAAACUUAGGGCUCAGGGCACAAGCUGCUUUAACUUUGUGGGUGCUGCUAAUGGUGGUGGCUGUGUCCACAGGUGUGCUUCUGCACAGCCAGGAAUGUGAGCAAAGUGUGGGCCUUAUGUGAUGCUCCUUGGGCCUCAGCAAAGGCACAAAGGCAUUUGCAUGAGCCCAAAAAACAGUAGGCCUUGAAAGUGGACCUUGACCUUGAACCACAAUUAGCAUAGGUAUGUGGCAGCAGGAGCCUGAGUACACACAAUUAAAUGUCAGUGCAGCUGUCAAGGCAGAAGGCAGAGGGUGAAAUGGAGCCAAGAGCCAAGGAUACAAUUUAGGGAGAAGAGAGUCUCUGCACUGGAAGGAAAACAGAAUAGGGGCUUUUAAACUUGGCAGCUUCCACAUGGUGUUGACCCUGAAAGAGCAUAGAAGCCAAGAAUUGAGGUUUGGGAACCUCUGUCUAGAUUUCAGAAGAUGUAUGAAAAUGCUGGAUGUCCAGGCAGAAGUUUGCUUCAGGGGCAGGGCUCUCAAGAACCUCUGCUAGGGCAGUGCGGAAAGGAAAUGUGGGGUCAGAACCCCUCUACUGGGGCACUGCCUAUUGGAGCUGUGAGAAGAGGACCACUGUCCUCCAAACCCCAGAACAGCUUGCACUGUGUGCCUGGAAAAGCUGCAGACACUCAAUGCCAGCCCAUGAAAGGAGUUGGGAGGGAGGCUGUACCCUGCAAAGCCAUAGGGGCGGAACUGCCCAAGACCAUGGGAACCCACCUCUUGCAUCACAUGACCUGAAUGUGAGACAUAAAGUCAAAGAAUAUCCUUUUGGAAAAGAUUUGACUGCCCUGAUGGAUUUUGGACUUGCAUGAGAGCCUGUAGCCCCUUUGUUUUGCCCAAUUUUUCCCAUUUGGAAGAAUUAUAUUUACCAAAUGCCUGUAUCCCCACUGUAUCUAGGAAGUAAUUAACCUGCUUUUGAUUUUACAGUGUCAUAAGUGGAAGGGACUUGCCUUGUCUCGGAUGAGACUUUGGACUGUGGACUUUUGAGUUAAUGCUGGAAUGAGUUAAGACUUUGGGGCUGUUGGGAAGCAUGACUGGAUUUGAAAUGUGUGGAUGUGAGAUUUGGGAGGAGCCGGGGUUGGACAUAUCAAUGGUUUGUCUGUGUUCCCACCCAAAUCUCUUCUUGAAUUCCCAUGUAUUGUGGGAGGGAUCCAGUGGGAGGUAACUGAAUCAUGGGGGCAAGUCUUUCUCAUGCUGUUCUCAUGAUAGUAAAUAAGUGUUACAAAAUUUGAUGGCUUUAAAGAGCAGUUCCCCCGCAGAAGCUCUCUUUGCCUGCUGCCAUCCAGGUAAGACGUGACUUGCUCCUCCUUGCCUUCCACCAUGAUUGUCAGGCCUCCCCAGCCACAUGAACUGUAAGUCCAAUUAAAUCUUUCUUUUGUAAAUUG